AUGUCUGAAAUCACCGCGGAUCACUCAUAUUUGUUGAGAUCAGCAGCUGAACUUGAACUGACAGAAGCUCGCAGACAAAAGGCGGAGAAAACAAAAUCUCUUGGGUCUCCAAUUCAGCUUACCGGCAACGCAAUCGACAUUCAAAUUCGUGGCAACUACGCUUGGAUUGCUGAGAGUGCGCAUGUGGCCAAGAAAAUAGAUUUAGAGACAGGAAGGACUUUACAGGUAUACAGAGGUCAUCACGCGCCGGUGACCUGUCUCGCCUUUUAUGACAGGAUCCCGAAUUCGGGUGAUGAAAAGCUUCUGAUAACUGGGUCUUGGGACAAGACCAUCAAAAUAUGGGACACUAAUACAAAGGGCCUAAUCUCCACGACGGCUGCUCACGAUGAUUUUGUCAAAACUCUACUUGUCGUGCCAUCUGUGAAGCUCUUGGUCAGCAGUAGCUCUGAUAAGAUUGUCAAAUUCUGGGAUCUAACCGACAUUCUUGAGAAGCCUCCACAGCCUGCCGGGUCAGUCUCGGCUCAUAGUCGCCCAGUAGAAUGCAUUGCUGGAAUUGCCAAUGCCGAUGGUUCCGUGACCCUCUUUACCGCUGACACCAUGGGAGUAUUGAAGGUGUGGAAGCUGGAAAGAGAGGGCGGGCCGCGGCCUCGGUGGCGAAGCACUCUUCAGGACACUCUCAACCACCACCGAACGCGCAUCACUGAAAUCAUUUAUGAUACAGCGUCAUCGGAUGAAACAGUACAAGUCGUUCCUUACCAACCAGAAUCCUCAGACCAAAAACCCAUUCCACCCCUCACGCACCCUUUGCCUGUGCGAGCGAUUCUUCCACUGGCACUCUCCGAUCUUGAAGAGCCGUAUAUCGUGACUGGAUACGGGGAUGUUAUUCGCUUGUAUGAUGUCUCGACACCAUCCGAGCCUGAGGUUCUAGGGGAGAUCGACGCACAUUGGCAUGAUGUCACUGCGCUGAGAUUAUGGAUUCAGAAAAGUCGCACAGACGACGGAAGAACACGCAUAGAACCAUGGAUUAUCAGUACCAGUCUGGAUGGCACCAUUCGCAGAUGGCGAUUCAGUGAACUCCAUGAUUCGAAGCCAGAUAACCCUGCUGGACAGUCGAAAGCUACAAUUAUUGCUCCCACUCCCCAACCCAGUGGUAAUGCUAAGGAUCAAGUUGAGAUCACGGAAGAGGAAGAGAGAGAACUCGCAGAACUCAUGGAGGAAGACUGA